AUGGAGUGCGAUGACAAGAAGGGAUACAUUUACUGCGCUCAUUGUAAUGACUUCGUAUCACGUUCAACUUUCGAAGCACAUGAGCGAAAACGUAACGAGACGAACUUAGCAGACACUUUUAAGGCGACUUCAAAUUCCCAGGAUUUGUUUCACGAAAUUUCAAUUUCAUCUGAGGAUGAAGGUUGCAAAACAAUCGAGGGUUACCUUGUUUCCCAAGGUGUACGUGUGCAGAGGUGGAGACUAAGGAGUGCCAUAAAGAGAGUCGAUCACAUUGGAUUCGUGGUUCACGGCUGUAUUGACGGUUACAGUCGCUCCGUCGUUUACCUUAGGUGCGAUACGAAUAACACGUCUGACACAGUAUUGCGUUUCUUUGAGGGUGCGGUGUCUGAAUGGGGAUUGCCAUCACGAGUCAGGGGCGACAUGGGAGUUGAAAACAGAGACGUGGCACAUGUUGAGCCAUAUAGCGAGAGGGCCCAGAAGAGGGAGUUACAUCACCGGACGAAGCUCGAUCCGGACAACGAAGGGCAUCUAUUUUGCCUUCACUUCACUUAUCUCCCAAUAAUCAACCAGGCCCUUUCAAAAUUUGUGCUAUCCUGGAAUAAUCACAAAAUACGUACUGCAGGAAACAAAAGUCCUUUACAACUGUUCAUACUAGGGAUGCAAGAAAUUGUGGAAGAAAGUGGUAUUGUGGCAUCAGAAUACUUUCAAAGCCUUAUUCAGAGGGACUUGGAGGGAUACAGUGUGGAUCCUACGGCUUACUUUCAUGACAGCACAGAUGAUGCACUACAGAAUGAGGUUGUUGUCCCCCCAACACGGUGUCCGUUAGAUGCUGAUUCGUUUACGAUUUUUGAGGCAAGCAUGUCAGAAGUCCAAGGCGAAGAUCCAUGGGACAUGUAUCAAAUGGGACUUUUAAACAGUAUAGUAAGUUAAAACGUAACGGCUUUAAAAAUUGCGCAAAAAACGUCCCUCGCUUU